AUGUUUCCCACAUUCGUACGAAGAGCGGCCCAAGAAGCGGCUUCCAAGCUCACAGUCUUCAACAAUCCAUACCGCACGAAGAAAGUCUGGCCUCCCGACUUUACGAAUCUCUCACCCCAGUCCCAGCUUCGAUUCGAAAAGAAGUACAAGCGACGCCUAGCAUUGGUGUAUGCGCGGCCGCGAUGGAAUAAAGCCGUUAAGCUUGCUCAGCUUGCGACCGUCCUUGGUUUCCUUGGCUAUACAUUAUUCUUCUCCGAGCUUGAGUUCUUUGGCAAGGAGUAUAGGCCCUCCGAAGAGAUCCGCAAGCGCUUCCGCGGCGUAUUUGGCGUCCUCGACUCCGACAAACGAUACGAGAGACGUAGAGACGCGCCCGAAGCGUCCGCUCCUGCCGAGACAACGAAAUAA